AUGCCACGCUACGACAGGUGCAUUACAUAUACGCUCUCCGGUAUUUACUGCUUUACCUUGGUUGUUGCAUCCGUAGCGGGCGAUAAUCUGGGAACCUCACCUGUCACACUCUCGCACCACCAUAUGGACAUCACCACCUCCCUCCUCUCCCAACUCUCCCGCCUGUCGACGCAGACUCAGACUCAGACUCAGACACAGACACAGACACAAUCAAAUACCGCCCGUCUUCCCCCCCAAGCCAAACCCCUCCUCCUAACCCUCCACCUCCUCUUCCCGAACGAACUGCUGCUCGCGCUAGACCUGCUAGACCGGAGGCUGGUCUCGCCUAUGUACCAUGCAGACGAUCCAAACAGAGAAAAGAAUGCAUUGAUGUUUGUCGCUCAGUCCCGUGCUGCUGCCACCAGCAGCGCGUACCAUGUCCACCUCCACGCGUGGAAUUGCACUUGUCCUAGUUUUGUGGCGGAUGUGUUUGACGGUGAUGAUAAUGAUAAUCACGACGACGAUAGUAAUGAUACGCGAGGGAGUACUUGGUUCGGAGAGCUGAGUUACGACCGGUCUACGCCCAUGUGUAAACAUCUCCUCGCCUGCGUGUUGCUGGUCAAAUGUCCCGAUUUGUUUGCGCGGGAGGGCGAGAGGUCUUUGAUUGGGGACGACGACCUGAACGAGUUGGCUGGGUUGUGUGCUGGGUAA